UGCAGAAAAUGCUAGUUUGUUUGUAUAUUAUUAUGAGAGGAUUGACACAAUUGAUUAAAGGAUAUUCAGGGUGACAUACAAUUAAUCAUUAGCAGACUAGCAUGAGCCUAGCAAGUUAAUUAUUAUAUCUGAAAGAAGGAACGUAGGACCCAAUUUAUAGAGUAAAUAUGCUGAAAAAAGGAAUCCAGGUACACUGUAACAAUACAGGCUCUCUUGUUUUAGUCUGUCCUUCCAGUAACAGCUUUUUUUACAACAUUGCUUAAACUAAUGGGCUAUAAUAUACGUUUCAGAGAAGGACAAAGGCGUUAGGUGACUCGAGUGAUUGUUUUUCAGUAAACAGGAGUGGCAGUUCCAAGUCCAGCGUUUAAGUGAAACUGAAAGUUGUCUUCAGAUCCAUAGUUCUACUGCAAGAACGAGGACAUUUGCUUCAUGUGGGAAAAACCAGACCUAUUCGUGAAAUUUGUGAAAAUUAAAUUUCAGAAGAAAGACUGGGAACUGAUUUCGAACAGAUAAGGUCAGAAAAAGCAUUUCAGGUAUGUUGCCAGUUAGAGGGGCCCAAGCCAUCAUUCUACUGGUCUGUUUGCAAAUCUGCUCAGCGACAAAUGAUAAAUUCACCGUUGUCACUCAAGAAACUAUCACAGCCAAUGUGGGUGAGGAUGUGGUCCUUCAAGCCCACCUGAUGCCUAAAAUCGACGCUGUGGGAAUGAUUGUGCUGUGGACGGACCAGGCAGAUCACGAAAUUCACAGUUACACCAAACAGACAGAAAACACUGACCACCAGCCUGAUGCCUAUAAGGACAGGGUAAGCCUGUUCAAAGAGGAACUGGAGAGGGGGAAUGUCUCUUUGAAGCUGACCAAGGUCCAAGUCUCAGAUGCAGGCACAUACAGGUGUUCUGUAACCUCUAUGACCUGGGAAUCAGAAGCAGUCAUUAAACUGGAGGUCAUAGGUAUUGGUAACCCACCCCUGGUCUCCUUGGCUGCUCCUCAUGAUGGUAUCAGGUUUACCUGUGUCUCAGGUGGCUGGUACCCUCGCCCUGUGCUGCUGUGGAUGGACGAGAAUGGUGCAGAUCUGACCAGUAGCGCCCAGACCACUGAGAAGAAUGACACUAAUAGCCUGUUUACUUUGAUCAGCCAUCUGGACAUCUCCAGUCAGUCUGGUUAUCAUGCAUGCAUCCUCAGACAAACGGAGGCCAACACCCAACUCGAGUCCAAGAUCCAAGUCAGUGCUGCGCAUUUCUUGAGAGUCUCAUCAUCAUGGAAGCACGGAGGGAUAUUCCUCAUUCUCUUCGUGCUGGGACUCAUGGCUGUGACCACUGUGCUUGUCCUGAGAAACAGAAGAGCAUCUGCCACUUUGAAAAAAGAGAGAGCUGAAAAGAGAACAAUUAAAGAAGAAUGCCGUCACCUGAAGGGAGAGGCUGAGGAGAAGAAGAAACUUGAAAAAGACUGUGAUGAGCUUCGAGAAGAUUUAAAGUCGCGAGGGUAUCUUCUGAAAUCAGAAUGGAAGGGGAUACAAAUGAAUGCAGUUGAUGUGACUCUGGACCCAGACUCAGCGCAUCCUGAGCUCAUUCUCUCUGAGGAUGGGAAGAGUGUGGAGAGGGGAGAGACCAGGCAGGAUUAUCCUGACACUGCUAAGAGAUUUGAACGCUGGUUUGCAGUGGUGGGGAGACAGGGGUUUGAUUCAGGAAAACACUACUGGGAGGUGUAUAUCAGGGAUGAAAAGAAUGCGGGGGCUCAGUGGAGAUUAGGGGUUGUGUGUGAAUCUGCUGAAAGGAAAGGGGCAGUAACAGUCAACCCCAAGUUUGGGUACUGGCUUCUAGAGUCAAGUAAACACUUUAAGGCCCUGUCAGUCCCUGAGACUGUGAUCUCUCUGAGACCUGUACCCCAGAGGGUGGGGCUGUACCUGGAUUAUGAGGGAGGGCAGCUGUCCUUUUAUGGAGUGGAGGACAGGCGACACCUCCACACCUUCAGACACAAGUUCACUGAGCGACUCUAUCCGCUGUUCUACAGUCAGACUAAUGAUGUGAUAAUAGAGAUAGUGUCUCCAAUCACAGAGGAGCAUGAUGGUGACACACCUGAGUCUAAAUCUCACCCUCCACAGGGUCCGUUCUGUGAUACAGUGUAGACAUCUUCUGCCAGAAAUCUUGGCACAAAGUUUCUUUCAUAUGUAAAUUUGCUUAGAAAUACUGUAUUUGUAAACAGAAUAAACUGCUGUUUUGUGUAAAAGGUGUAACUGUGUGAUGGCCAAUCAGAUCAUAGCCAGAUUAAAUUAGAACUCUUUACUCUUGCAUGGCUUUCCUGCAACAAUAGAAAAUAUCAAGCGCUACAAGCUCAAAUGAAGAGAAAGACCCCAGUGUGUGAAGUAAUGAGCCAGUUAUUUCAUGUGUUGUAUUAAUAAAAAGGAAUGAAACAAUGGUUUCAUUAAGUUACACGUGACCCCACUGUGAUACGUAGAACAUACAGGAACAUGUAUGUUAGUCAGAGGUCUUUGUGAUGGUAUUGUUUUAAAAAGAUGCAUAUUGAAUGUUUGAAAUAAAGCUUUUUAAAUUACA